AUGGCCGCUGCCACCGCCGCCGCCCCCCCUCGCCUGAACAAUCCGUCCCUUCUCAUCGGCCAAAACUAUAUCAACGGCACAUGGCUGGAGGCCGCGUCCGGACGGCGUUUUCAGGUUACAGACCCCGCGAACGGCAACACGAUCGGAACGUGCCCCGAAUCCGACUCGACCGAUGCCCACAAGGCCAUUGACGCAGCAGCGGCCGCCCUGCCCGCCUGGCGAUCCAGGACGGGUCGCAACCGGGGUCGGAUCCUGCGGCGGUGGUACGAGUUGGUGAUGGAGAAUCAGCAGGAUCUGGCCACGCUCAUCACCUGGGAGAACGGCAAGGCCACGCCCGAUGCGGCCGGCGAGGUCCUGUUCGCCGCCAGCUUCCUGGAAUGGUUCGCGGAGGAGGCGGCACGGAUCUAUGGCGACGUGCUGCCCCAUAGCCAGCCGGGCUUUCGGGUCGCGGUGAUCAAGGAGCCCGUGGGCGUUUGUGGCCUCAUCACCCCUUGGAACUUCCCGGCGGCCAUGAUCACGAGGAAGCUGGGCCCCGCCCUCGCCGCGGGCUGCACGGUGGUGGUCAAGACGGCCGGCGAGACCCCGUUUACCGCGAAUGCGCUGAUCCGACUCGGGGCGCAAGCCGGGAUCCCCGCCGGCGUCGUCAACAGCGUCACCGCGCUGGCCAACACCGCGGAGAUCGGCCAGGCCCUGUGCGCGUCCACCACCGUGCGCAAGAUCUCCUUCACGGGCUCGACGCGGGUCGGAAAGCUGCUCAUGCGCCAGUCCAGCGACUCGGUGAAGAAGCUCAGCCUGGAGCUGGGGGGGAACGCGCCGUUCAUCGUGUUCGACGACGCGGACCUGGACCUGGCCGUGGACGCCGCCCUCGCGAGCAAGUUCAAGUCGUCCGGGCAGACGUGCGUGUGCUCGAACCGGCUCUUUGUCCAGAAGGGCAUCUACCCCGCGUUCCUGCGACGGCUCAAGGACGCGGUGGCUCGAUUCCGCGUGGGGAAUGGGUUCGACCGCAAGACUACGCAUGGCCCGCUGGUGACGGCCGCCGCCGUCGACCGAGUGGCGGGCCUGGUGGAGGACGCCGUCCGGCGCGGGGCGAGCGUCGAGAUGGGUGGGAAGAAGCGGCUGGACUUGGGCCCCAACUUCUACGAGCCCACCAUCCUCACCAACGUCACCGCCGACAUGUCCGUGGUCACGGACGAGAUCUUCGGCCCGGUCGCACCGAUCUUCGCCUUCGACCGCGAGGAAGAGGUCAUCGCGGCGUCCAAUGCUUGCGAGGUCGGGCUGGCUUCCUACCUCUUCACCCAAGACGUCACCCGCGCCAGCCGCGUCGCCGAACUCCUGCAAUUCGGCAUGGUGGCGGUCAAUACCGGGAUCAUAUCGGAUGCUGCAAGCCCGUUUGGCGGAAUCAAGCAUUCCGGGAUGGGUCGCGAGGGGAGCAAAUAUGGGAUUGAGGACUACCUCGAGACCAAGACCCUGGUCACGGGGAACAUCCAUGUCGUGCACCGAGCGGUGCUAUGA